AUGUUCAAACUUCUUGGCACAAUGUGGUUUCCUUUAAUCACGAGAGGCUCUACUUACGCACCCGUCACCGCCGAUCUUGAAGAAGAAGCAAAGCCGGGGCUUCAAGAGAGUUCUAAGAACAAACUGAACCUGAGAUUGAAUAUUCUAUUACUCUUCACUCUUUGUUUCGUAUCCUGUGCACUAGGGUUUCUUGCUGCAAGAUUCCUAGACACACGAUCGAUUGCUGCCCGUGUAGGACCUCAAUUUGCUAAAGAACUGGGCAAUUUCUCAUACAAUCGCAAUUUCUCGUAUCCACCAUCUAAUACCACAGAUGCUGCUUGGAAUGGAUUGUUUAUGACGAAAGGUGGUGGGGGGUUUUUCAAUCAUCCAUAUGUUGAAGGUGAUAGAGCUACAUUGAGCGUUUUGCAUCAGUUGCACUGUUUGGAUGGUAUACGUCACAUUUACUACCUCAAUAAUGACGCAGCGACAACAGGGAAAGUACUUGUCGAGGAAGAAUUAGAACCUCAUAUGAGAAGAAGUCAUGUGAGACAUUGCAUUGAUUUCUUGAGGCAGAGUUUGAUGUGUUGUGGGGACAGUAGUAUUGAGAGGGUUAAUUCUGAGUUGAAGGGCGUAACCGGAUGGGGUACUGAGCAUAUGUGUACGAAUUGGGAAGAGCUGCAGGAAUGGGUUGGAGAGAGACAGAGGUUGGAUCGUGAGGGAUGA